AACCAAAAGAAUAAAAUUAAUCAUGACACUUCUCAUGACGUUUAUUGGUUUAUUUUAUCUAUAUAAUAUUUAAUCUGUAAUAACAUUUAUCGAAAAAAGAAUUCAUUGUAAAAUUUUUAGAUAUACGUGUUUCGUAAGAAUUCUCGAUAAUAAAAUAUUACGAAUAUUACCAAUCACAUUAUUUCAUUUCUACGUUUUAAUCUUGGAAAAAUUGACGUAUUUUAUACUACUGUGAAUAAUAUAGAAAUAUGCAUCAAGAUUCAAAUAUAACAUAAAUAUAUAAUUAUACUAUUAAAAGAGAAUAUUUUCUACUGAAUUUUUAAAGUUCAGAAAACAAGUCUCGAUCUUAAAUUAAAAUGCCCGAAACAACGUCUGAAGAAGCAACGAAUACAUCAGAAAAUAAUUCAGAAGAAAGUCAAAGAGUAACUGAAGUUCCAAUACGAGAUGUACAAAAUGUAAAUAAUUUAAAUCUCGGAGCAAGAACUAUUGAACGUUCUCGAUUAUUUGUUAACAACAUUUCAUCGACAAUUGAAGAGAUGCAACCAUUAAUUGGACAAAUUUCGUGGUCGUUUUGGCCAAAUUCGCAAAGGCAAAAUACAGACGAGAGAACGCAAGAAGUUUCAGAAUCUCGUAGUGAUAAUUUUAUAAUAAAUAUGGAAUCAUCACCAGAAUCGGAUGUAAUUGUUAAUCCGCCGCCAAAUUCACCGACAGAUCACAAUCAUUAUCAUCAUCACAAUAAUCACAAUAAUUCUGAUUCAAAUGAUACAUUUCAACGAGAUGAAAACGAGACUGAUAAUGACGAGGGUCAAAAUAAUAAUAAUAAUAAUAAUAGUGAAACCCAAGACGUUUAUUCGGCUUUAAGUCCCGAGGCAAGGAAAAUGCUCAAAAUAUUGCGAAAGUACAUUCCAUUAGUAUUAAUAUUACUUGUGAAAAUUGUUAUUGAUUAUAAAGGGAAAAUUAUACAUUUUUUGGUUUUGCUGUUAACGACAAUACAAGCAGAUUCUGAUUUAAAACGUGAAAUAUCAAAACAACAAAAUCGAAAUUUUAUGUCAUUAUUUGGAAUAUUUCUUUAUAUCAUUGGUUGUAUUCUUUUUGUUAAUUUUCUCUUUGAACAACCAAUAAUGCCAAAUAUAACGACAUUAACGAGCGCAUGGGAAUUACUUUGGAUAGUGAUGAUCACGGAUUUCAUGAUGAAACUCAUUACAAUAUUAUGCAAACUAUGUUUCACGUGUUUUUCAGCAAAAAUCGUUGCACUUCAAAAUAGAGGUAAAUAUUAUCUAAUGCUGGAAGCGACCUCACAACUAUUUCGAUGUUUCAUUCCAAUUCCAUUUUGGUACAAUUUUUUAUUUGAAGCUUAUCAGGGAAUUGAGAAGUUUUACAGUUUCAGCCUCAUCACUAUUUACACUCUUAGUAAAGGAGGCAACAUUAUUUCUCAAAUUAAAUUAUUCAAACACGCUGUGAAUAAAAUGAUGCAACAAGUGAGCGUCGGAUCUUUUGCCACAAAGAAUCAGUUGGACGAGUCUGGAGGAAUUUGCACCAUUUGCCACGAUGAAUACUUAUCGCCAGUGAGACUUCACUGCAAACAUAUAUUCUGCGAACUUUGUGUUAUUACGUGGCUGGAUCGAGAACGUUCCUGUCCUCUCUGUCGUGCUCCCGUUUCAGACGAUCCAAUCUAUCGUGAUGGACACACAUCCUACUUUGUUCAACUUUUUUAAUUACCCCUUUUUCAAUAAUUUUUUAAUAAUAUUUUUAAAAAUACGUCAUGUAUAAAGUUUUAUUUUUUUGUUAUUCAUUUUUUUCAGUAUUCAUUCAAAGAGACAUGUGAUUACAAUUCCGAAUUUUUUUUAAUCCUUUCUUAAAUUAAAAAUAUUGAAACUCCAUACUUGUAAUAUAACUGUACACAAAACUAGAAUUACCACUAAACUAUAGUAAUUUAUAAGAUAAAUUUAAGUUGUUUUUAGAUAUAUAAUAAGACUGGAAAUUUAGUGCAAGUUACAAACAUUAAUUCCAGUUUAUCUUUUUUUUUUGAAACUGUAAUAUUCUAUUUCUUUAAUUCGAAGAAUUAUCCAAAGUAUAUUUAUAACAUUUUGUGAAAAGAUUUGUAAAAAAAAGAAGAAAAUAGAAACAAUGACUUAAUUGUAUUGUGAAAAACGAUAAUAAUUCGUUUAAUUUAAUAUUGUGGAACAACUGUGUAUAAAUAAAAAGAUAACAAGUUGAUUAAGAAAAA